GUCUAAAUGAGAGCAAAUCGUGGCAUGGAGCUGCCAGAGGACUUCUGGAUACCGGUCCCCCUGGAAACCAACAACAUCACGGCACUCAGUCCUUUCCUGGUCCCUCAGGACCACUUGGGAAACUUGGCCACCUUCUACUCCAUGGCAGGAUUCAUGUUCUUCACAUUCGUGGUUGGCACUGGCAUUAACGUCCUCACCAUUGCAUGCACCGUCCAAUACAAGAAGCUCCGGUCCCACCUCAACUACAUCCUGGUGAACUUGGCCGUGGCAAACCUUCUUGUGUCCUGUGUGGGCUCCUUCACUGCCUUCUGCUCAUUUUCAACUAGAUAUUUCAUCUUUGGAGCACUAGCAUGCAAAAUCGAAGGUUUUUUGGCAACGCUUGGCGGUAUGGUGAGCCUGUGGUCUCUUGCUGUGGUAGCUUUCGAAAGAUGGCUGGUCAUCUGCAAGCCACUUGGUAACUUUAUUUUCAAGCCCGACCAUGCGAUAGCCUGCUGUCUAUUCACCUGGGUGUUUGCACUGAUUGCCUCAGUUCCUCCACUGGUCGGAUGGAGCAGGUACAUCCCAGAAGGCCUGCAGUGCUCCUGCGGUCCAGACUGGUACACCACCAACAACAAAUACAACAACGAAUCCUACGUGAUGUUUCUCUUCGGCUUCUGCUUUGCUGUUCCCUUCAGCACCAUUGUAUUUUGCUACUCCCAGCUCCUAUUUACACUGAAAAUGGCAGCGAAGGCCCAAGCAGAGUCUGCCUCCACCCAGAAGGCAGAGCGGGAGGUGACCAGGAUGGUGGUCCUCAUGGUGAUGGGCUUUCUGGUGUGCUGGUUGCCUUACGCCUCCUUUGCUCUUUGGGUAGUGAAUAAUCGUGGACAAACAUUCGACCUGAGACUUGCGACCAUACCCUCCUGCCUCUCGAAGGGCUCUGCGGUCUACAACCCUAUCAUCUAUGUUGUCUUUAAUAAACAGUUCCGUUUAUGCAUGAUGAAGAUGCUGGGUAUGGGUGGAGGUGAUGAUGAAGAUUCGUCAACUUCAGCGUCAGUGACUGAAGUCUCAAAAGUUGGUCCUGCUUAG